AUGGAAGAAGUUCCUGACCACUCAGUGGCCGAAAGUGCUACUCCGGAUGCGCAAAGCCAAAGCCCCCCUAAGUCCACUCCGGCAACGACCGCACCUCCAGUUACAGCAGCCGCGGCGAUUGACGCUACGUUGAGAUUCUUCGCCAACGCGAGCAAUGAGACCUUGGGAGCAUGCGCGGCUGGUCUUUGCGCGUCUACCUACCUCGUUCUCGGUCGGGUCGGUCUCGUCUUGAUUGGCGCUGUUGGGGGUGUCGUUCUGCAUGCCACCUGGGAGAGUCAAUAUAGCGGCGAGUCGGACACUGCCGAGACACAUGGGAACCGCCGGAGAAAGGAGUUGGGUUUGGAGGUAGCACACCGGGUCCUUGGGUGGAGGGAAAAAUCACGAAAAGAAGAGGAAAAUGAGAACAGACUCAAGGCUGAUGCCGCUCCGAAAGCCUUGGACUUUUCCGACUUUGAGCCUGAAACAAGAAAAGCCCUGACAAGCCUGACCGAUGCUGUUAUAAGAGACUAUGUUGCCUGGUGGUACAGUCCACUCCUCCCGAAAGACCAACGCUUCCCUGCCGCUUGCAGAGAAACCCUGACGGCUUUCAUCGUCUCCCUGUCGAACCAUCUAUCCCGAAAACGGCCAGCAGAUCCCUUCUUGGACUUCUUUUCAAACUCGACGUCAAUUGUCAUCGUGUUUCUAAACGAACUCGGCUCGGCAUUGAAGGCAUCGCAGAACCAGGAUGCCCAGACAGCUAUCAAUACAUACCUACAAUACCAACCGGAGAGCAAUCUUGCCAACGUGCUAAGCAGAGAACAGCAAGCCCGUAAACUCAGCUUGGUGGCCGACGAUAUCUUGCAGAACUUUCUGGACUCGAAAUCUUAUGAUUGCCCUCCGGUCCGGACCUUCCUACAGGAGGUUCUAGCAGGCCUGGUGCUCGAAACCACCAUCGACAGUUGUUCCAAGCCGGAGUGGAUCAACGGCUGGAUUGUAUACUUGUUGCAGGAUGGCGAGCCUGAAAUCAUGAAUGUAAUCGACUCCGGGGUCGAGGACAUGAAUAGUGCAAUCUCGGAAGGGGACACAGAGGCCACUGCUCAGAAAUGUCAUAAUAGGAGGGUCAGCAGGGCGGAAGAGGCUAUGCAAGAGGCCAUGAGGGAGGCACAAAGGCUCAAUGAGAUGAUUGCAGAAGACGAUGCACGACGGAAACGCGGAUUGCCUCCCAGCGAGGUGGAGGACACUGGUUCUGUGGCCACGACUGAGCCAGGUCUUGCCACUCCCACUUCGUCCGAUAGCGAUCGAAACAGACGUGGGGAGCAAUCGAUGGAGUCUUCCCUUGUCUUCGACAUUGAUGGUAAUGUCGUCAAUUCUGGCGCUCCAAGUCCAGUCAGGGAAUCUGCUCCUCCCUUCACAAGCUUUGACCAACUACCGGAGGCUGUUCUUACACCGCCGCGGCCUGUGUCGAGCGCCCCGGGGCCCGUGGAAGCAAUGGUUGCCGUUCCGCUGACGUUACACAAUGCUUCCAUCACAAUCAUCGAUCUAGGUGAUGGUGACGAGAAGUCGGUCCUUAGGCAAAAGCCCACUGGCGAAUACUUGCUGCAGAUUGAGCCAGCUUCCCAGCGGUAUCCAGGAUGGAUGGUCACUAGGAGAUAUGCAGACUUUGAGCCUCUUCAUCACACGCUGACUACCAUUGCUCGCCUUUCGGGCGUCCCGGAGUUUGGACAGAAGUAUCCUGCGCUUCCCAGCUGGAAGGGCCAGACAAGUGCGUCCUUGCUGCACGACCUGGAGACAUACCUGCGCUUUUGUCUCGGUUUUGAACCACUGGCGGAGACUGAGGCCAUGAAGAAGUUCCUCGACAAGGAGACUGGGUUGCAAAAAGCGCCGGCCCAACCCAAGAAUGUUCUGGCGCAGGGUGGCGUGGCUCUGGAGAACGUUGGAAAGAAUUUCAUUAACGUACUGGGCCAGGGUGGAAAGAAUAUCGCUGGUGGUGGUAAGGCAGUGCUGGGUGGUGUGCAGGGUGUCUUCGGUGCUGUGGCGACUGGAGUGGGCGGUGCCCCCAAGAAAUUGAUGCCUGCUGCCCGGCCCUCUCAGCAAUUAUCAAGGACAAAUACCGGAUCAAGCACCCCUAGCUACCGACAAAGUCAAGAGCUGCCGAGACAAAGUACGGAGAGCUUCGAGAGCAGGCCGCCGCCGCUUCCGACCAGACCUAACCAGAGCCCCUCAAGGCAUCAACCGACACCCCGGACAUCGUCUAGUCUCGAUGAAUCAGUCCGUCAGUCGCAGGAAAUAGUGUCAAUGCCACCGCCACCGAGCACUAUCUCCGACGACUAUCAGCCCAGCCCAUUGCCGAAGCCCGAGACGCCUCCUCGGCCACGGCAAGACACGAUCACUGCGAAGCCAUCCACUCCCGCUCCGGCAGUCAAAGCAAGUAGCACAGAAACCCCCCCUCCUUCCACCAGUGCUCCGCGACUUCCUCCGAGGAAGGCCAAAAAGGAUGUUCCUAUCUCAGAGGAAGAGACACGCAUUCUGAUCGAGUUGAUAUUUGCCGUUUUGACCGAACUAUACUCGCUUUCCGGGGCAUGGGCCAUUCGAUUGUCGCUACUUGGUGCAGCGAGAACAUUCCUGCUGAGGCCGAAUAAUCCGCAGUUGGAGUCGAUCCGGACUCUCAUUCAGGAAAGUGUGAUUGACGCCAAUUUCACUGAUAGGGGCCGCGCAGCACACAUCAACAAACUACGUGAAAACGUGCUUCCGACUGAAGAAGAGCGGGCAAAGUGGCCGAAAGAGAUGACAGCGGAAGAGAAGGAGACCCUCCGUGUAAAAGCGAGGAAGUUGCUGGUCGAGCGCGGUAUGCCGCAAGCCCUGACAAGUGUGAUGGGAGCGGCUGCAAGCGGGGAUGCCCUGGGUAAGGUGUUUGAUUGUCUUCAACUCGAGCCCGUGGCACGGGGCUUAAUAUUCGCGCUGCUGUUGCAGGCCAUUCGAGCUGCAACACAAUGA